AUAGCCAAGCUCCUCUAUUUCUCGCACAUUUCGUAUUCCCAAUUCCUUUUGUUUUUCAAAACAUUCAUUGCUGCACCCGAGCCCAAUUGAAUACCAAAACAUCUCAAGCUUGAAGCUGCUCUGGUCAUCAUGUCGUCAAAGCACUUCAUCAACGACCCCACACUGCUGGUUAACACGGCGCUGCACAGUCUGACGCUCACCAACCCAAAUGUCGCCCUAGAUGCUGAACACAAGAUCAUCUACCGCCGUCCCUCAGAGCAGACAGCCUCUCAGGUCUCCAUCAUUUCCGGUGGCGGUUCGGGCCAUGAGCCCUCCUUUGCUGGCAUGGUUGGCCCCGGCAUGCUCGCCGCAGCUGUAGCCGGAACCAUCUUUGCCAGUCCCUCGGCCGAACAGGUCCGUACUGGUAUCAUGUCCCGUGUCGAUACCGGCAACGGUGUCCUUGUCGUUGUCAUGAACUACACUGGCGAUAUCCUCAACUUUGGCAUGGCCGUGGAGAAGGCCAAGGCUGCCGGCCUCGGUGUCGAGAUGGUCGUCGUUGGCGAUGAUGUCGGCGUCGGCCGCGCGCAGGCUGGCAAGGUUGGUCGCCGUGGUAUUGCUGGCACCGUCCUUGUUCUCAAGAUUGCUGGUGCCCUUGCUGCUACCGGUGCACCGCUUGAUAAGGUGGCUGCAAUGGCUCGCCUGACCGCUGCCAAUAUUGUCUCCGUUGGUGCGAGUCUGGAGCAUGUCCAUGUCCCUGGCCGCGAGGUCAACACUGGCGAGGGAUUAGCACUUGGCCAAGUUGAAAUUGGUAUGGGAAUCCAUAAUGAGCCUGGCUCCGGCUCUGGAAAGAUGGAUCUUCCUCAGAUGGUUAGCACUAUGCUUACGCAGCUCCUUGAUACGUCUGAUAAGGAUCGCGCAUUCCUCGAGGUCAACUCUAAGGAGGUUGUUCUCUUGAUCAACAACCUUGGCGGCGUCAGUGUUCUUGAAAUGGGCGGCAUCACGGCUGAAGUCGUGUCCCAGCUUGAACAGAAGCAUUCCAUCCGUCCUGCCCGUAUCAUUAGCGGCACAUUUAUGACCAGUCUCAACGGCCAGGGUUUUAGCAUCUCGCUCCUUAACGUUGUUGAUCCUGCCAUAAUUGAGCUUUUGGAUUCCCCAAGUGAAGUCACCGGCUGGGCGGCUGCUGUUCAAAAGAAUACCUGGGAAAACAGAAGCACGGCUACUCGAACCGAUACUUCAGCAGUUAACCAAGAAGUCAAGCCUAGCGAACUCAAGCUAGAACCAUCUUCCGCAACUGCUGCACUUACCAAUGCUCUUGAAAACGUCAUUGCCGCCGAACCUGAUGUUACUCGAUAUGACACGGUGGUUGGAGAUGGUGACUGUGGCAUUGGCUUGAAGCGUGGUGGUGAAGCAAUUCUGGAGAACCUCAAGAGCAAACCAUUAACCGGUGAUGCAGUCGUAGACGUUGCGUCCAUUGUACCGGUUGUCGAGAACAACAUGGAUGGCACGUCCGGUGCACUCUAUGCCAUUUUCCUCAAUGCUCUCGUGGCUGCUCUCCGAAGCCAGCCCGUCGGUGAUGCCACACCAAAGGUUUGGGCUGCUGCUUUGAAGCAAAGCUGUGACGCUCUCUCCGCUUACACACCAGCUCGUCCUGGAGAUCGCACCCUUGUUGAUGCUCUGUAUCCCUUUGUUGAAGAGCUCGGUCGCUCUGGGAACGUGGCUGCUGCGGCAGAAGCUUCUCUUAAGGCUGCAGAUGCAACAAAGGGUAUGAAGGCCAGCUUAGGAAGAUCAGUUUAUGUUGGUGGCAGUGGUUAUGAAGAGGUUCCCGACCCCGGAGCUUGGGGCUUGGCUUGCUUCUUCAAGGGCCUUGCCGGGCUAGAGUAAACCAGCAAGUAACUGUUAGAGGGAUGAGGGGUAUUUUGUACUGUUAUUCAUUUUUUUUAAUCUUCUUGUGUAUCUUGCAAACGCCUAGUUUUCAACCCAUGAAGAAAAACGUCCCAGCUUAUCAGAGACCAUACAUGCAACCAACCAUGUUCUAGUAAAGAACCAAAAACUGAAAAAAUGACUUGAAAUCGUGAAAUUGUACCAGAAGAUACACAAGAGUGUGUCACAGCUGCGCCGCGGUAUUUUUUGUGGUAGAAAAAAGGGUUGGCUUCACGGAAUGUGAAGCCGCCGUUGCUUUUGUUUUCGUUCGUUUAGCUCAGCAAGACGAGGAUGACACUGUCACCUCUCAGGAACCUAGAAAGAUUCAAAUUAGUAUCCAAUGCACCACUUAUAUCUUGAUAUGUCAAGUGUCGCGCGUGUCGAAACUCACAUCUUGCUGAUAAAGCGAUCCUUGUUUACGGGACGACCCUUCUUGCCAUCAGCCAGGCGGGGUGUCUCUGUCCACAUCUCCUUGACGUUCUCGAGGACCAUGUUGCAAUGACGGUCAAAGGCCUUGACACGAGCAAGGAGUUUUCUGUUGUUGCGGAUCGAAAUGAGAACCUGGGUGUGUGAUCGGACGGCGGUCUGGAGAAUCGAGAGGGGG